CCCCAUACAUUCCCAUGGCUCGGGAGAAAAGGAGAAGGGGAAAGAAGGGAGGUUUCAACUUUAGACUAUAAAGAUUUUCUUUCUGGUUUCUGUGCAAAAACACACACUCACAAACUCUCUCCAAGUUCUAGCUUGAGUAUAGUCUAAACAAGGAGGAAGUGUUUUAUUAGUUUGAAAAGACAUGGAAGUGGCUGUUGAGCUUGAAGAUGAUCUGUUUUUUGCUGACUUAAGCAAGCAAAUCUCUCUGCUAAUCAUGGAUGAUGAUGAAGACCCAGUUGCUAGUCCUUCAGUUUCUUUCCAGGCUUUCUCUGGAGCAAAUUAUCCAAUAGCACAACCUCCAUUCCUUCAUGACCAAAUCUGCAGAAGAGAAAGCAAAGGCACAGGAGUUUUUAUCCCAAGGUCAUCACAGCCAAGAAGGAAACACAGGCAAGGAAGAUACAGUUCAUUUAAUACAAAGUCUAACAGGAAGCAUGAUAACACAAGAAUGGUUUCUCAAGCAUCUUACAAUAGUUCUUUGUACCCAAGGAAAGGCUAAGGAUACACAUCUUUACGUGUAUAACGUGCUAAAAGAAUUACUACUAAUCCCUUUGUCAUCAGUGGCGGAGGCAAGGCAGGUUAAGGAUUUUAUAAUUAUGUAUCAUGAUGAUAUGUACAUUAGAAAAUAAUUGAUCCUGCUCCAAAUUAUUGGGUCUUGAGCAGGUUCACCGAAAGGGUCUGCCUCCCUAAAUCAUGGAAAUGUAUGGUGUUCGUUAUAUAAGUGUGAUAUAGGAAAAAUAUGUCUUGUUCACUUAAAUUAAUCGAUUUUAUAGAUUAAUUUAUUGAUAUUA